CCCUCAAAGUUUGAAAAACAGCAAAAUCAUCCCAUCUUCCUCUGCUCUGCCGUAUCUCCCACUCGUUUCUUUUCAUUUUCUCUCCUAACUUCUACUUGAAAUUCAGCAUGUCAUGUAAGUAACCAUCGCUCUCUGGAUCAACUGUGACUCACAAUCUUCUUCAUCAUAAUGAAGAUUCCCAAUUUCCUUUCACUCUUUAUCUCUCUUUUAAUUAUCUCCCUCUCUUUCAAUCCCCUCCUCGCUUCCGAUUCCCACUUUGAGGGCUUCGACGCUGAAGACGACGUCGUAGAAGAUGAGCCUCUUGACCUGGACUCUCUCCACCGACUUACCGAUCUCCCCUUGACUCAGUCCGAGCCCACCUCAUCUCGACCCAUCACCACCACCACAACCAAUAUCGAUUCCCCAGAUCCCCAAUCGGAUCCAAAUCCAAACCCUAACCCGACUCCCACAUCCUCGGACUCUCAAUCAAAGCCCUCGACUCCUACGACUUCGUUUGAUUACUGGGACGAAGACGAGUUCGAAGGCUUACCCUUUGAUCAACAACCCCAAUUGGAAACCCCGGCAGUUACUGAGUCUGCUGCCAGUACGGAUCAAACCCCAGGUUCCAAAACGACUGAAGCUACUAAAAACGUCACCGUGUCUAAGAAGAAGAAUUCGUACACCGUAGAGAUCCUUUGUGUGACGUUUUUGAUCAUGUUUAUAAUUAAUUACUUCACGGGAAAACGGGAGAAUGAGAAUCUUGCUCUAGCUUGGGCGACCAAAUUCGCCACUAAAGAUUCGAUUUUUGAGAAGAAUUUUAGUCUACUCGGUGUUGGAGAAAGAGAUGACUCGCCUUUGCUGUUGAAGGAGGGGCAAAAUGUGUUUAAAUUUUAUGCGAGUGGGAGGAGGUAUUGUUCAGGGUUGUUGGCGACAAUGGAGUUGAAAAGCCGGCAUGAUUUGAUAUCGAGAUUAUAUAAUUUGGUGGUGCCGUGUAAGGAUGAGAUUACUUUUGAGGUUUAUAUGAAUGAUGAUGCCAUGGAUCAUGUGGUGUUUGCUAUGGCAAAGAAGAAGAUGGCAAAAAAUAUGCAGAAGGAGGUUAGGGACUUGAAUAAGUUUGCAGGACUGAUACCUGCGCCACCGGCACCGAAGAAAUGGGUGGUGGAAGAGUUGGGGAUUGUUUCAGAGAGUAAGGAGGUUGCCGGGGACUUGAUCACAGAGGCGGUGCUUGAUCAGGUUUUUGGCGACAAAGCUUUUCAGAAAUACGGGAAGGGUUUCAUUUCAAUGCAUUUUUCUGAUCAACACCCUGGCACACAUAAGAAGAUCCUGUUAUUUAAAUUUGCCCUUCCUGAUGCCAGCAACAUGGGUGACAUGAGCCGGUUGGUGGCUCUUGUACCCUAUUUCAUUGAUCUAAUUGGACGGUACAAGCUCAGUCCACAGGCUCGAUCCAAAACAGAAGCAGCCAGACAGAAGGCUGCCCAAGAGGCAUACAAAGAACUUCAAAAUGCUAGGCAAGAAGCCUUGCAGAAAAAGAAGGCAGAAAGGAGAAAGAUGAUGGAGGAGGCCGAAGCAAAGCUUAGUGCUGAGGCUGUUCGCAGGAAGGAUGCAAAAGAACGUGCUCGUCAAAUGAAGAAAGCAAUGCCUAGGGUAAAGAUGACGCGAGCUCACUAGACGAUUUCACACAUGUCAAAUGAAAGAUAGCAAGCCUUGGAUAAAAGAUAUAACCCGAGCUCACUCCAAGAUUUCAAGUUCUGUUUACACAGCAUUCUGGAAUUCACCUGCUCGUUUAUUUCUUGAUUUCCCUCCGAUAUUUGUAGUUGGCUACCCAGCCUUGCAUAGGAUUUUGGCUUUUUUGCAUGUAUGGCAGUGAACUUUGGUUCCCAAAUGUACCAGCUAGUCUCCAACACUACCACAUGGGUUUUGAAAGACACCAAAUUUUAAUAUCUCAAAAAUCACUAUAAAGACUAUGUUGAUUGACACAUUUUACAAUAUAUUGGAGCUAUGUGGUAUUUUUUGGGGUGUAAAGUGAACGGUUUUGCUAGAAUAAUGCAGUUGGCUUGCUUCUCA